AUGAGCGCAUUGUACAUGGCACCCCCAGUGAUUCUCCUCAGCAGUCAACUUCUAGAUGCCGCAGCGCAUGCGUCGGUCCUUAACCGUACAAACAGCCUCCCAUUGAGAGAUCAUGGCGGCCCUUUCCUUGAUGCGCAGCCAGUCAGGGCUGAGCCUACUCCGCUAUCUAGCCGUUUCGAGGCCCUUACAGAAAUGCUCCAAAUGAAUGACCCCGUACUGGAUGGCAUUAUUGCUGAACCGAGGUCACAGUUUACUACUUCGACUCAUGUAGACAACCCUGACCGACCCAUCACUCGCAACUUUGCCCAGGGAUCCGGUACGCAUCAAACUGCACAAUUGAUUCACGAAGUCCCAACGAUAUUUCCUGCUCCGCAGAUAGCCUUAGGUCGGUAUGCUCCCAUAAACCACGUAAAGCUAGCCAAUAAUCGGUAUGACAUAGGAGCCCAGAUUGUUCCGCACUUUACCCAUCCUACAGUUGCCGAAUACCAGAGGAGCUCAUUACAGCAGUCAAUAAACGGCUUUGGACUACCUGGAUGGAAGCUUCCGUCCAGUGACUCUUUAACCAGAUUCUUAGCGGGAUAUUUCACGGGGUUCUAUCCAUAUGCACCCUUCACUCAUGCGCCAACUUUCAGGUUUGACGCAUGCUCACCGGAACUUCUUUUAGCUAUGUUUGCCAUUGGAGCAGCUAAUCGCUUCGAAUAUAAUUCUGCAAUUAAUAUGUUCUAUGUCUCGAAGGCAAUACUACUGGAGCGCCAGCACCAAAGGGAACGCGGUAUGCUUGAACGGCUAAUGAACCACGGAACGAGCGAUGAUUUCGUAGAACGAGAUUAUAUGGACGAGGUCCGGUGCUUGCUCUGUCUCAUGAGUAUUGCGACGUGGGAUAAGGACUUGAAUCUCAGAAACGAAUCACUUGUGUUACGUGGCCAGCUCGCUCAUGCCUUGAGACUAAGUGGACUUGAAGAACCAUCGGAAGUAAUCGAUAUUCAUUGGGAAAACUGGGCUCGCCUAGAAUCCGAAAGACGUGCAAAGCUAUUUGCAUUCUGUUUUCUCAACGUCCAGAGUAUCGCGUAUAACCUUUCACCGGUCAUCUGGAGUCAUGAAAUCAAGCUGCGCCUGCCUUGCUCUUGUCCUGAAUGGACGGCACUGGACGCAGGAACUUGGGCUUUGCUGAGACAAAAUACGCCGAUUACACAAAAUCACUUCCACGCAGCUUUAAAGGAUCUGCUAUCCCCUUCUCCUUGUAAUAUCAAGGAGCUCAACCCGACGCCCGUUGCUAAUUAUACAUUGCUGCAUGGUCUCAUACAAAGCAUUGUGUGGGUCCAGAUCUUCCCCAAAGAUCUAGGGGCUGAUCCAGCUUCGGACAGCCGAGUGCUCUUCCGUAACGCCUUGCACAAAUGGACAAUAUACUGGCAACGGACUCCAGAAUCCAAUCUGGAGCCAUUCGACCCCAACGGGCCAUUGCCCUUCAUGUCCAGCGCUUGGCUCAGUUUUGCUUACAUUCGGAACUGUUCUCAAUUCUCUAACUGUCAUUCUCGGGAGAUAUUCUCGUGGAAUGUUGCUUCUAUCGCCCGUGCUCUUCGUGCCUCGCCAUCUGCAAACCACGAAUGGGAUGAACUGCUGGCAGCCCAUCAUGCGACUCAAUUUAUGGACCACGAACGUAUGCUCCUUGAAUGGACUCGAGAUAUCGUCCACGACGGCUCUAUAUCUAUCAACGGCGUCGACUCGGACAUCUCCUCAAGUCGGCCGCAGGAUUUAGUCAACUGCACUAUCGAGGUUUGGUGUCAUCAUGCAGGGCGACUCUCCCUGGCCAUUUAUUAG